AUGAAGACUAUACAGUCAGGAAGAAACAAUGACGGCUGCGGCCAUUUGGCGGUGCUGGGACUGAGUUCCCCAAUUGCCCCUUCGGGCGCGGCGCUCAACGAGAUCGAGGCGAAGGCUGAUUCGCUUGAGAUGGAAUACAAGUAUCAGAGAGGACAAGACAGUGGCAAGUUUACUGCGGCGAGCGAGAAGCGGCAGUUGACGGACAACGUGGAGCCUACCGACCCCGACUAUGACGUCGCUUGUCGGUAUGUGAAGAAAGAUGGCGCGUCUGAGUACUCCAUGGCCGUCGAAAACGACCAUGCCGCCAAGUACCAAAGCGAAUACCGUGACAAGAAUAAGUACUCUCAAUACAGCUACUUUGUCCAAAGCAGCGUGCCUUUGGAGACCCUUAGGAAGGCCAACCAAACCGGCAGUCAAACUACAUCCGCUGAAGCGGAAGCCGAGACAUUGACCACCACUCCGGAAAUCCAGACCCCGGCGCCAGAAACCGGGAGCAUGAAGCCGAGCGUUGCUAACGGGUGCGCAAAGUGCGGCAGUGGCUGUGUGAGCAAGGAAGAAGCGAGCAGGGAAGAAGUGAGCAAGGGAGAAGUGAGCAAGGAGGCCGCUCGCGAAUGGUCUGGUAAGGAGUGGUCCGCCUCCUCCUGGUCUACUCAUGACUGGUCCUGGUCCGCCAGUGAGGAAACCGAACAAAAGACUUCCUCCAGGUGUGCUGUUGAAACCAAGUCUGCUGAAACCAAGUCUGCUGAAACCAAGUUUGCUGAAACCAAGUCUGCUGAAGUCAAGUCUGCUGAAGUCAAGUUUGCUGAAACCAAGUCUGCUGAAGCUAAGUCUGCUCAGUUCAAGUCGGCUGAAACCAGGUCAGCUGAAGCUAAGUCUGCUCAGUUCAAGUCGGCUGAAGUCAAGUCUCUUGAGACUUCCCCCAUUAAUGAUAAAGCAGUCGCUGAAGAAGUCCCCACCGCAUUCUUUAAGCUUAAUAUUUCCGACCCCAAGGGCUACCGCAGAGUUAUGGAACAGAUAGAAACUUCUCUCGUCCAGAUGUUUGUCGGCGAGGCUGCUAAACACUAA